GUAGCGCAGGCGUGUCGCCGGUUGUAGACGUCACUGGUCCGCGCCGGGCCCGGCCGCGGCGGAAGAGGAACAGGUAGAGUGUUGGCGGGCUCAUGGCGGUAGCUGGCGCCGCGGCUUCGGGCCCCGGCUCAGGCCUGCAGCUGCCCACCUUCGCGACUGCGCGCGCGCUCGUGAAGCCCGGGUCGUGUCUAAGCGUGGGCCCGCACCGCCGGCAUGUGGCGCUGGCCCCGCGUUUCCUGGGCCGCAAGCGGAGCGGCCUCCGAGAGCAACUGGACGGGGAGCUGCUGCGCUACUCGGAAAGCCUGCGCGGCGUGCCCGUGGCCUACGAUAACCUCAAGAUCGUGGGCGAGCUGGGCGACAUCUAUGACGACCAGGGACACGUGCACCUCGACGUUGAGGCCGAUUUCGUCCUUUUCUGCCCCGAGAAGGGCCAGAAGCUCGUGGGUACGGUCAAUAAGGUAGCUCCCAGCCACCUGGGCUGCUUGGUUCAUGGCUGCUUCAAUGCCUCCAUCCCCAAGCCAGAGCACAUGCCCAUGGAGCAGUGGCAAAGCCUGCAUUUCCACUUAGGGGACAAGCUGGAGUUUGAAGUGUCCCGUCUGGACUCAGACGCUGCCGGCGUCUUCUGCAUUCGAGGAAAGCUCAUUGUCAGCAGCUUGCCAUCUGUUUCCCCUGCACUUCCCAAAGGGUCUGGGGACGUUGGUAAUGAGACUGAGCCUGGAGCAGGGGGAGAGAAGCCAAAGAAGAAGAGCAAGAAGAACCUGAAGCAGCCCCAGGAGGACUGUGGGCCUGGGCCCAUGCCCAUCCCAGCUGAUGUGCCUUCAGAUGUGGCUGGCCCAGCAGAGACCAGCUCCCAGGUGCACGAGGCUGUAAAUGGACUGUGUGAGGAACAGCAGCCCCGGAAAAAGAAGAAACACCACCGAGAAAAGCUGGAGCAAGACCCUCUGUGGCAUGCCAGUGACUCGAGUGGCUAUCAGAGUGACCAUCAGAAGAAGAAAAGAAAGAGAAAAAAGCACAGCGAUGAGUCUGAGGGGCCUGCGGCCCCUGAAGAGCCGAGACCGAAAAAGAAGAAGAAAAAGGAAAAGGAAUGAAGAGGGGACUGUCCAGUCCAGUGGGCCAAAGGAAUGGCCUCAGGACACGCCCACUGGCCUGGAAAGAGAAAAGAAAUGGUUAUCCAUGAGCAUUUUAAUGUUCCAGAGAAUAAAAACCAACUCCCAGAAUCCAGGGUUGAAUUCCAGUCUCUGACCAAAGAUGUGGGUGCUGAGUAUCACAUCUGGGCUGUUCCUUAGCCCGAGGGUCUCUGAGGCAGGGAGGAUUGAAACUCGCUUUGGGAGUUGUCAGCGUCCAGGGGAGAGGGCACAGUUAGCGGGAGACCGACUCUCCCUCUUUCUGUUGGUCAGUAGGCAGGGGACAGCGAAGGCAGAGGCUCGUCUUCUCAAGAGCUACAUGGGUGGCUGGCCAGGAGUAGGCAUCCCUCCUCGUCAUCUUGAGGGGAUCUGGCAUUACUCCCAUUUUUGCCCUCAUUUCUGGGCACAUUGACAGUAAUCAUAAUAGCUCUCAUCUCUGCAGUGUUUGCUACCGUGAGCAGACCUGGUGCAAAGUGUGUUACAGUUGUCUCCUAUGAACCUCACAACAGCCCUGAGAGGGAAGGAGAAAACAGACUCCGAGCAGCCAAGGGGCUUGUUCAGGGUCACCCGGCUAGUCAGUGUCUGAGACUGGAUUGGAACUCAGGACUUCUUGACUCCAGACCGAGUGCUCCAACCACCGUGCCUCCUAGCUGCCCUAGGUUCAGUCUUUGAGUUAGGCCUUACACUAAGAAAAUCUGAUAGGCAGAGUGAGGCAAAACUAGAUUUCCUAAAGUAUUCUUUUAUUUGUGGGAAGAUUGGUCACGGGAUUAUUUUUCGUGUCCUAUUUUAAAAGAGGUUUUCGUUUAAAGAAGUUUUAAUUUGUGUUCAGCUUUUCUGGAGCGGGGAGGAAUUUCUUGUGAAAGUUAAGGUAUGUGUAUAUUCUGAUUAAAAACAGUGCUUUGUUUUGGGGUACAUAGAAGUACAUGUAUAUAGGUUUAUAAAUCUCAGUAUUACCAAAGUGCCUUUGAAAUUGUAUGCAUAAUAAAAAGAUAUUCUUUUAUUUAGUUUAGCUUUUUUUUUUUUACAUUGUAAAAUUCAGUUGUUGAGUUUAAGUGUUUUAAAUUCUGUUACUACACAACCAGACAGUAUCACUAAAUAAAGGUUAGAUUGCAGUUUGGUAUAA